GGGGUCACAAGGAGUCAGACACGCCUGAGGCUAUUUAGCAUGCAUGCACGUGAUGCUAUACAUCCAUCAUUGUUAAAUCAUACAGAGAAUUUUCAUGGCUCCAAAAAUCCUCUGGGCUUUCCUGUUUAUCUCUCCCUCCCUCUGCUCCUCACCAACCCCGAUCUUUUAUUACCUCCAUAAUUUUAGCUUUUUCGGAAUGCCAUAUACUCGGAAUCAUACUUUAUGCAGGCUUUUCAGAUUGCCUUCUUUCACCUAGAAACAUGUAUUUAAGGUUUCCCUGUGUAUUUUCAGGGCUUGGUAGUUCGUUUCUUUUUAGAACUGCAUAAUAUUCCAUUGUCUGGGUGUAGCACUGUUUAUUCACCUACUGAAGGAUGUCUUGAUUCCUUCUAAGUUUUGGCACUUAUGAAUAAAACUUCUAUAAAUACUCUGUGUACAGGUUUUUGUGUGGACUUAGGUUUUUAACUCUUGGUCUCAGUAAAGACCAAGGAACAUGAUUGUUGGGUUGGAUGUAAAAAAAAUAAGGUUUUAAAUUCUAGAAUUUCAGUUGACUUGGAGUUAACUAUAUGUUAAUCAUUAACCAGGAAAGAGGAACAUCAUCUUUGAAGAAUGCAAAUUGCAUAGUUUAACUAGCUUGGGGCUCUGCAAACAUUUUUUUCUGCAAAGGGCCAGAUGCUAAAUAUGGGAAGUUUUGAGGACCACCUGGUCUCUGCUGAGACUCUGAGGGUCACAGAAUUCUGCUGCCAUAGGGUUUGAAGUGAAAAAACCCAAACUCGCCAAUAGCCGCGCUCCUAGGACCCUUGCUUCCCCGGCAGUCACCGGGAUAUACCCCCGGGCGCUGGAGAGCAUGACCCACUACUGCAGCGGCUACCCCGUCGUGAGCGUGGACCCCAAGUGCCCGGGGUACGCGCCGGAGCACCUUCUGGCCGAGAAGCGCAGAGCGAGGAGGCGUCUGCUGCACAAGGACGGCAGCUGCAACGUGUACUUCAAGCACAUUUUCGGGGAGUGGGGCAGCUACGUGGUGGACAUCUUCACCACCCUCGUGGACACCAAGUGGCGCCACAUGUUUGUAAUCUUCUCGCUGUCCUACGUCCUCUCCUGGCUGACCUUUGGCUCCGUCUUCUGGCUCAUAGCCUUCCACCACGGCGACCUGCAGAACGAUGGCCCAGACGCCACGCCUUGCGUGGACAACGUCCACUCCUUCACGGGGGCGUUCCUCUUCUCCCUGGAGACCCAGACCACCAUCGGCUACGGCUACCGCUGCGUCACCGAGGAGUGCCCGGUGGCCGUGCUCACGGUCAUCCUGCAGUCCAUCCUGAGCUGCAUCAUCAACACCUUCAUCAUCGGGGCGGCCCUGGCCAAGAUGGCCACGGCCAGGAAGAGGGCGCAGACCAUCCGGUUCAGCUACUUCGCGCUGGUGGGCAUGAGGGACGGCAAGCUCUGCCUCAUGUGGCGCAUCGGGGACUUCCGCCCCAACCACGUGGUGGAGGGCACGGUGCGCGCGCAGCUGCUGCGCUAUGCGGAGGACGGCGAGGGGCGCAUGACCAUGGCCUUCAAGGACCUGAGGCUGCUCAACGACCAGAUCAUCCUCGUCACCCCCGUGACCGUGGUGCACGAGAUCGACCGCGACAGCCCCCUCUAUGCGCUCGACCGGAAGGCCGUGGCCAGGGAUAACUUUGAGAUCCUGGUGACGUUCAUCUACACCGGGGACUCCACGGGGACGUCCCACCAGUCCCGGAGCUCGUACAUCCCCCGGGAAAUCCUCUGGGGCCACAGGUUUCACGACGUCUUGGAAGUGAAAAGGAAGUACUACAAAGUGAACUGCCUGCAGUUCGAGGGCAGCGUGGAGGUCUACGCCCCCUUCUGCAGCGCCAAGCAGCUCGACUGGAAAGACCAGCAGCUCCACAGCGUGGAAAAGGCCCCGCCUGUGCGAGCAUCUGCCCCACCCGACGCCAAGGUCAGAAGAAGGUCGUUCAGCGCUGUGGCCAUUGUCAGCAGCUCGGAAAACCCGGAGGAGACCACCCCCUCUGCCCCCGAGGAAUGUAAGGAAGCCCCGUACCAGCAGGCCCUGCUGACUUUAAAUAGGAUUUCUGUAGAAUCCCAGAUGUAGUCCUGAAUCUUAACUGUGAGGGCUACCUACCACCCAGCGGUUCUUACUCUCUAGCCAAUCACCAUAAGGCAAGUAGUUAUGUAUAAACAGAGCUUUUGAAGAAUGUGGAACCUAUCUUUGAUGGUGAUGAAAGAUAAAUAGAGCAGGUUAAGCAUGAUAAAAGAUAUCUAAACAUUAUAUUAUAUACAUUUGUUUAAUUUUUUUUUUUUGGCUAGCAACUGUUGUAUUAGGGAGGCUAUCAAGAAGCCUAAUUGAUUAAAUUUCAUCUCUUUUAAUUAUUCCAUACACUUGUGUUAUCAGUUGGAAGUUAAUAUUUCAGUAAUAAGGAACAAAGAUAGGAUACGAGGACAAAUAAUAAUAGAGAGUAGAAAGAAAAAUAGCAUGGAUGAUAAAAUGUUAAACAUAUCCAAAUUGAUAGUGUAAUGAGCUACCUAUAAAAACCUUAUGUCUUACAAUCAA